GGGAUAGUUCGAAGUCUCGCGGACCAGUGAGUACGCAUGCCCGGCAGCGUCCCGGCCUGGCAUCUGACAUGACCUUGGGCAGAACUGGUUGGGGGGAACCUGCUGCAGCCCCUUGAGCCAAGUCUCUCUGUGAGUUCAAGACUUAAAAACUGAGCAAGGGAUUUGCCUGGUUCCUCCUGCACCCAUCAGCUCCUGUGUUAAGGGGCCAAGGCCUCUGCCGAUGAGUGACCAUGUGCUCUGCUGCCUGCUGAGGUCUCUGUCCUUCCCUGUGGGGAACAGGCUGUGCACCGGCCAGGAUGGCCUUGAGGCUCCUGAAGAAGCAGGGAUCGGUGAGAUUCAGGGAUGUGGCCGUGGACUUCACCCCAGAGGAGUGGGGCUACCUGGCCCCAUCUCAGAAGGAGCUCUAUAGGGAUGUGAUGCUGGAGAACUAUUUGAACCUGGCCUGUCUGGGUCUGGCUGUUUCCAAACCGGCUGUGAUCUGUCAGCUGGAGCAAGGGGCAGCACCAUGGAUACCUGAGGGAGACACCCCAGGACACUGCUGUCCGGAUUGGGAAAUUAGGCCUGGAAUCGCGUACUGUGCUCCAAAAUUGGGUAUUUCCACAGAACUGUCAUUGCAGAGAAAUCUCAAAAGGAAGGAUCUCUUCAUCUCCAACUUGGGAGAAUCCUGGGAAUGUGAUGUUAAGCUCAGGAAGCAACUGAGCAGGGAGAAGAAACAUUCUCGAUCUCAUAUUGGACAGAAGUAUUAUGAGUGUCAUGAAUGUGGAACUAUCUUCCCUCGGAGGGCAGCCUUGACUCGACACCUGAGGAUUCAUACUGGAGAGAAGCCUUAUGAAUGUCAAGAAUGUGGAAAGGCUUUCCGUGUGAGUGGCAUGCUUACUGUACAUAAGAGGAUUCAUACUGGAGAGAAGCCUUAUAAAUGUAGUGAGUGUGGGAAAGCCUUCCGUGUGAGCAAACAUCUUACCCAACAUCAGAUACUUCACACUGGAGAGAAGCCUUUUAAAUGUCAUGAAUGCGGGAAGUCCUUCUCCCGGAGCACAGAGCUUACUCGACAUCAGAGAAUUCAUACUGGAGAGAAACCUUAUGAAUGUAGUGAAUGCGGAGGGACCUUCCGCUGGAGGGCUGCUCUCACUCAACAUCAGACAAUUCACACUGGAGAGAAACCUUAUGAAUGUCAUGACUGUGGCAAGGCCUUCAGGCGGAGCACAGAUUUUACUCGUCAUCAGAGGAUUCAUACUGGAGAAAAGCCCUACGAAUGUCUUGAUUGUGGAAAGGCCUUUAGCAGGGGCACAGAGCUUACUCGACACCAGACAAUCCAUACUGGAGAGAAACCUUAUGAAUGCAGUGAAUGUGGGAAGACUUUCCGCUGGAGGGCAGCUCUCACUCAACAUCAGACAAUCCACACUGGAGAGAAACCUUAUGAAUGUCAUGACUGUGGGAAGGUCUUCCGCCUGAAGAUACAGUUUUCCCGACAUCAGAGAAUCCAUACUGGAGAGAAACCUUAUGAAUGUGAUGAUUGUGGAAAGACCUUCCGCCGGAGGUCACAGCUUACUCACCACCAGAGAAUUCACACUGGAGAAAAGCCUUAUCAAUGCCAGCAAUGUGGGAAGGCCUUUUGCUGGCAAACAGAACUUACUCGACACCAGAGAAUUCACACUGGAGAGAAACCUUAUGAAUGUCGUGAAUGUGGGAAGGGCUUUCGUGAGAGCGGGACCCUUACAGUUCAUCAGAGAAUUCACACUGGAGAGAAACCUUACAAAUGUAAUGAAUGUGGGAAGGCCUUCUGUGUGAGUGGAAAACUUACUCGGCACCAGAGAAUUCAUACUGGAGAGAAACCUUAUGAAUGUCAUGAAUGCCAGAAAGCUUUUCCCCAGAGGGAAGAACUCAUUCGACAUCAGAAAAUCCAUACUGCAGAGAAACCAUAUCAGUUAAUCAGUGAGUCAGUGAGCAUUUGUUAAUCACUUUCUGUGUUCCAGGUAUUGUGCCAGAUGCCAAGGAUAUAAAUUCCAAAUACAAUGCCUUAUAAAUGUCAUGAUUUCUGCCAGGGAAUUCUAGCUCAGUUCAACACAUAUUUAUUUUUAGAGUUUUAUCAUGUGCCAGACAUUCUGCUAGUCACUAAGAAUACAGACACAAAAAUGUAAUAGUUUCUUCCCUUAAGAAGCUUACAUUUUCUUGAAAAAGCACCUUACUCAAUGAUGGACAGUUCCCAUUGAGGAGAGAAACAAUGUCAGACUCUGGUAAACAGAGAGAAUUCUUCCUAGAUGGAAACCUGAUGAAUGUGAGAAAACAUUUUGCCCAAGCACAGAAUUUAUUGAACUCCCCAAAGUUACUUUCCCAAUCUCAUGGCCUUUUCUCAGUCCUCAUCCUUCUUGACCUCUCUUUCAUUUCACACUACUGAUCAUCUUUUCCUCUUGGACACUCUCUCCUUUCUAGGUUUUUGUGACCCUGCUGUCUCCUGGUUCUCCUCCAAACUAAUUGUUAUUUGCUGGUUCCUCAGUCUGGGUCACACCCACUAACUGGAUGCCCCCUAAACUUUGUCCUGCACACUCUUCUCUCUCUAGCCUGUGUCACUUGAUCUCUUCAGUUCCUAUGGGUUUGGUUAUCUCUACGCAGGUGAUUCCUGCAUUUAUGUACCCAGGUCUGGGCUCUUUCCAGAGCAGCAGUCCCUCAACACCACUGCCUAUUGGAUAUUUCAAACCAGGUAUCCUAUAGGCACCUGAAACUAAGCAUGUCCAAAGCUGAACUCAUCUCUGCCAUCUUUCCCCAACUCUCCUCUCUGAUGAACUUCUUUAUUACUGCUGAGGACAACACUAUCCUCCCAGUCACUUAGGCAUGUAGCUUUAGGGUCAUCCUUAGCUUCUUGCUCUUACUCACAUAUACAAAGUGUUGCCAAGGCUUGCCCUUUCUACAUUCCCAGCAUCUCUUCCAUAUGCCCCCAUCUCUCCUCUGACUCUGCCACCGCCCUGGUUCAGGCCCUCAUCACCUCAUACCUAGACUAUUGCAAUAGCAGCUGGUGGGUCUGCCUGGGGUCACAGGUCUCUCCCACCUCUAGACCAUUCUCCAUUGCCAGAAUGAUUUUCCUAAAGUGUAGGUCUCACUAUGCUUGCCUCCUAUUCAGUGAAUUCCAGUGCCUCCCUAUUACUUACAGAGCAAAUAUAAAAUCUAUUUGGCUUUUAAAGCCCUUCACAACAUGUCUCCUCCUUUUCUUGCUUCUUAUACUAUAUUUCUGUCCAUGUUCUCUAUAAUCCAGCAACACUGGCCUCCCUGCUGGUGCUUAUUCAGGACACUUCAUCUCCAUUCUGAGCCUUUCCAAUGGCUUUGUGCAUGCCUGGAAGACUCUCCCUCCUCACCUCCAUCUCUUAGUUUCCCAGGCUUCCUUCAACACUCCACUUAUAUUGUCUUCUUCAUUAGAGUGUGAGACUCCUGAGGGUAGGGAUUGUUUUUGUUCUUCUCUGCAUUUCCAGCACAUAACACAGUGUCUGGCCACAGUAAGUACUUAACAAAUGUUUGUUGACUGGCUGAUCUCAGAAAAAUCCGUACUUGAGGGUAUGAUUCUAAUGAGUAUGAGAAGACCUUUAUCUGAAGGUCAGUCCCAGUUGCCCAUCAUAGAAUUAUUGCUGAUCUGAAACUCCAUUAAUGCAAUGAAUAUAGAAAGACUUUCAGCUAUAGCAGUAGCUCCACUCUUUGCCAGAGCAUGAGUCAUCAAGAAAUCUCUACAAAAGAAUGUGAUAAAGGCAUGAGUAAGAAAGUCAUACCGAAUUUCUCUUAAAAAAUAAACUACAGUCCCGUGUUAUGGAAACAAAAAAGAAAUGUGGUCAGACAAGAAUUGUUUUCUGUCCUGUUAAAAACAGCCUUGAAUUUUAAAAAUAUUUCCAAGGCCACAGUUGCAGGUGGGCCCAGUAAUUCAUUCCCUGCCAUGUUUUAAAAUUUUUUUUUGAUUCUUCAAAUUUUUUCAUCAGUAUCACUUCCUUGUAACCACCUGCUGCCCUACUAGAAUUCUCCAUUAGAACAACAACAAAAAUAGGAUUCUGAGAAGAAAAUGCUCAAUUUCGGGUACAGAUUGGUGAAUAUAAAGAUUUUUUUUUUCCUAUCCAAGUUGAUGAACUCCCUGAAAUCUAUCCAGAGAUGUCAGAUUAGGAAACUUUACAAGAUGAGGGGAAGAUUUUUUUCUACCAUCUAGAGAUCACAGUGGCUAUUGAUUACUGGACCCCAUGUCAUUCUCCCUUCUUUUUCAAGGAACACCUAACUCGCUUGAGGUCUUCCUGCCCUCAUUCUGCAUGACUUUAGCAUCCACGUGGAUAUGCCCUCCCAACACUCUGAUUUCCCAAUCAUUCCAUCUUCUCAAAUCCCAGGACGUCCUCCUCCACUCCCCUUCAGCCACACCCAGGGAUGGUCAUACCCUAGAUCUUACUAGGACUCUCUGAUAUUCCUCUGUCUGACCUGCUGUUAUUUCUUCUUUCUCUUUUGUCCCUCUCCUCCUAAACUUGUUCACCUUCUCUGAGGCAUCAAGCCCCUCAGGACUUCAUCAGGCUCUGACUUCCCUUUCCUAGCUUGGCCAUCUCAACCUUCUAUUUAGCCAGUUCAGCUCUAGAUCCUUUACUCUUGAAUCCUUAGCCCCUUUGACCAAUAGCAACUCAUCCCCUGCCAAGCCUCAUCCCAGGAUUACUCCUACUGUUGAGGUUUAGGGGUGCUCAAGACCCCGAAAUACCAACACCCAGGGUCCUGCCUGAAUGAAUUCAACCCAAGCUUUUCAGCCAAAGGAAAACAAAGUUUAUCAAAGAUUUUCCAUAAUGGGCAGACUCUUAAGGAGCCUGAGCAUUUGUAUCACCAAUGCCAGUGCGCCAUGUUGAACCUUGAGCCUUUGUCAUACUAAUGUAAGCAGGCUAACUAGAACCUCAGUACUAAUGGAAAUAAGAUAGGUGUUAUAUACAGAAAGACUGAGGCAAGAAUCCAGGGGUGGCCAAAUGGUUUGGGGGUUUCGAGGAUGGUCUUGUUGGGAGUGCUCAGUAGCCUGGAGUGACUAGAGGUCAAAUCUUGGGAAGAUCUUGAUGGGAAUGACCAGUAGCCUGGAGAAUGGGAUUUUGAUAGGUUUAAGGAUGGGAAACAACCGAAGGAAAUCCCGAGGUAACAGAGGUUUGGGCAUAGCGAUAAUAAAAGGCUUAUGGCCUCAAGGGAACACCAGAUCAAGUGGGGAAAGCCAAGGAGAUUUCAAGGUGGAGUUUUCCAGGGCCCUUUAGACAAAUGGGACCUAAACUCUUUUGAAGUCAGGAACAAAGGUCUCCCUAUCACUACCACCCACCAUCCCACCUCUGCUCCUACUUAUGAGCUGCUGAAUAAGCCACACAACCCUGCUGACUGUACAUUAAAAACAAUUGUUAGCCAACUUCAAGGGCCCUCAUUGCAGCAAGGCAGCCCUACAGCCCUCCAUAAUUGGUUCCCUCUCGUGCUCUGCAGAACCUUAUUCCAAAACUAUUCUCAACCUUCCCAGACUUCCUCCCACCCUCUCAGCUAAGGACUUUGCCUCUUUGCAGAGAAAACUGAAGGAAGUUAUUUUGAGCUCUCGUUUCUCCCCCUUCCUAUCUCAAAAUCCAACUGAUGUCCUUCUCUUUGCCCAACAUACCUGCCCUUUGACUGUUGCAGCAAAGAUCUCCAAGUGCUCUGAAGUCCUCUGUCACGUGUUGAGCCCCACUUUCCACUGGUGUGUUGGUAACCAAAAAUGGGCUCCUUAGCACUUAGUUCAACAAGUGCCCUUGGAUAGUUUGACUUUUGUUCUCUUUGAGUAAUUCAUUGAGCCUUACUAGGUGCUAAGCCCCAGGCCCAAACCCCUAAUAGGUGUAAAACCUUAGUGGGUGUGGAUUGGCAACUAAGGUGGGACUAACUCCAGGGAGGGCCUAGUUUACAUGUCUGGGAGAGCAGAGGCUUUUAGACCACGUGGGUUUAAGUCCGCCUCUUUGUGACGAUUCCAAGUCACGUGGGUGAGUCCGCAUGUGUGACUCACCCAUGAUGCUGAAAAAGAUAUAAAAACCAGGGGUUGGCUGUCUGUUCUUUGGAGCUCUUUGUCACGGCAGUGGUGGUGCAGCAGUGAUGGUGCCUGUGACUCUGGGCCAGCCCUUGUUCUGAGCUCCCAGGCUGAACCUAGAUGUUGGUAACUAUGAAUCUGUAUUGGGUCUGUCUGUUGGUGUUUGUAAUUUGCUCUGAAGUUCAGGGUGCUGGCUUUUUCCCCUGAACUAAGUGAAUGAUAUUUGUAUGCUGAAUUAAAGUAAGCUUGUCAACCC